AUGGUAACACCAGACACCGUCCUGCAGCGUGUGCAAAUGAUUCUUCGUUUCCGGCUGGCUGGAAGCAGGUCUAAAAAGAAACUCCCGGACAAGAAGAGAAUUCAGUGGAGUGGAAAGCAGAAGAUCCCUUUGACUGGCCUUGCCGUCAACUUCCAGAAGGUCCGGGGGCCAUUGGAGAAUAGCCAAAGCACCUUUGGCCUGCAGCUGGCCGAUGCUCACCAGUUCUCUUCAGGGCUAGAACUAUUCGUGUAG